ACGAGAAGGAGAGAGAGGCUCUCGAACAUGAGUUCCGUCGCCGUGCUGCUGAUGUGCCUCGUCCAGGUGCAGUUGGCCACAGUUUGGGCUUCUGGGCUCACAGAUCUACUGCACGGCCCUGCGGAGCUGAGGGAAGGGCUUCCGGCUGGGCCACGCAGGACUCGCAGUGAGAAUGGAACCUCCUCCGAGCCGGGAAGAGCAAGAUCUGACACCCUGGGGGGGGACCUGGCCAUCGACUCCUUGCCCAACAACAUGACUCGCAUUGUGGAGGACUCGCACAGGUACUACACGUGGCGCAGUUUCGGACCGGCGGACCGGGACACAGAGGAGCUCUGGGUGGACCUGAGUGACCCGCGACUGAGCGAAGUGCGCAUGCACGGCAUCCUGUCCAACACACACCGGCAGGCUGCGCGGGUGGCCCUCUCCUUCGAUUUCCCCUUCUACGGCCAUUACCUGCGGCAGAUCACCAUAGCAACCGGAGGAUUCAUCUUCACCGGGGAUGUCGUGCACCGCUUUCUGACGGCCACGCAGUACAUCGCACCCCUCAUGGCCAACUUUGACCCGAGCCUCUCCAAGGAGUCCACGGUGCAGUACAUGGACAACGGGAAGGUGUUUGUGGUGCAGUGGGACAAGGUGAGGCUUCACGGCAGGGAGCGGGAGGGCGCCUUCAUCUUCCAGGUGGUCCUGCGCAGGACGGGGGACAUCGUGUUCAGCUACAGAGAUGUGCCACUGCCGGUGGAGGAGAUCAGCUCGGCGGAGCACCCGGUGAAGGUGGGCUUGUCCGAUGCCUUCAUGACCCUUCUUCCCUCCCAGGAGACGCCAGGCGCUCAGCGGAGAACGAUAUACGAGUACCACCGAGUGGAGAUCGACACCACGAAGAUAAGCAACAGCACUGCCUUUGAAUUUACCCCGCUCCCCACUUGUCUCCAGCAUGACAACUGUGAGUUCUGUCUCACCUCCAACUUGACAUCUGGCUGCAACUGGUGCAACGUCCUCCAGAGGUGCUCGGACGGCCUCGACAGACACAGGCAGGAGUGGCUGGAUCACGGCUGUUCGGACGAGGCCAAAGACGGUGCCUGCCAGGAUUAUGGCCCAGAUGAAGACGACUGGCUGGCGGAGGCGAGCCCCUCGGACCCUGGACCCACACCCUCCUCGGGGCACCUCCCUGAUGGCACUGUGACCGAGGACGACACCAAACAAAUAAUCCGCUACAACGGUAAUGGCCAGAAGACACGUCCUCCGGAGCAGCAGGGGGCGCCGGUGCACACCGGCAUCAUCGUGGGCGUCGUUUCUGCGCUCGUGUUGCUCCUGGCCUUCACUCUCCUGGCUCUGUACAUCAGCUCGCACCCUGCCGCAGCCCCGCCUCUCUACCUCCUACCGCGACGCAGUAAGUACUGGCCUUCUAUGAAGUUCCGGAACCAGAACGGCCACUCGAGCUACACGGAGGUGGACGGCGGCAGCACCGAGAAGGAGGGCUUCAUCGAGGCCGAGCAGUGUUGAGACACGGGGCGUGGAGGCGCAUGGGGUCACGUCCAGGACAGACGGGUGGUCCAAUGGGGUGG